AUCACAAUUUUCCGGGCGUUUGACGCAUGCGUGUGAUUCUUGGAUUGACAUCUCUAGCUUUGCGUUGACCUAUAGAUUUCCAGCCCGAAAUGAGCUCCCCUGGAUUCAUGAGUGGCUUCCACAUUCCGCACUUGGCGCCGGGGGCAACUCCAUAUGAUCCCAUGGACGCAACUUGUGACGAAUCACCGCCACCGUCGGAAAUUUCUACCGGGAGCCGUCUGGUGGCGCCUGGAAAACUAACGGCCAAUCCGAAUUCUGGUUCCCCGAGAGCACCCAUGAAACGGAAGGCUGAGCCGAUGGAGGAGGACUCUUCGGAGGCGGACAGCAAGCUGGUCUUGUUUCCCGGGCGUGACGAGAGUUAUCCGGAGGAACUGAACCGUCUGAUUGGCCCGCUGCACUGCGAGCUGUGUAAGGUGCAGGUGACGUCCCGGAAGUGCGCCCGGGAUCACUACGAGUCGAAGGCCCACGACCGCCACAUCAGCGCCUGGCUGGCCAAGAACUACACGGAGGCGGGUCUGCAGGCUCCGCCGGUGAAACGCCUGGCCAAGCAGGGACCCACCGGUCCCAAUGCCUUCCACUGCGAUCUGUGCGACCUGGAUCUCACCUCCUCCAUGCACGCCCGCCAGCACUACCUGGGCCGUAAGCACAAGCUGGUGGAGCAGCGCAUCUCGAAGCCCUCGGGAGCCGGCCACUACGAUGCAGCCGGCAAGUGGGUGCGCACGGGCAGCAAGAUCGAGGGGGAAGGAGUGAACCCCUCUGAUGGGCGCCAUGGCAUCGGAAGUCUGUUCCUCAAGGCGGAGAACUCGGCCCAAGAUGCACCAGCUGAGGAAGUACCUCCUCCGGAGAGCCCAAUUAAGUCGGACGACAAGGAGCGCACUUGCAGCCUGUGCAAAAUAGUGGUUACCUCGGCUCCCCAAAUGCAGAUCCACUUGGCGGGGGCCAGGCACCAGAAGAACAUGAAAGCUGCUGGCCAGGAUCAGUCAGCAGAAUCAGGAGAUGUCACUCUUCCGGAGGCGCCUCCGGCUCCAGCCGAGAAGCUAAGCCCUCAGGAACUGGCCAUGUAUCGCACACCAAUUGGCCAGUACUACUGCCAGCCCUGCAACAUGAUGAUGAAUCACGUUACUACCUUGCAACAGCACCUCAUCGGCAAGAAGCACCUAAAGACGGCGAAAAACCUUUCCCAGACCGAAAAGACCGCUUAAAUAGGUCAAUUUUCCAUUAAUCAUUAACAUUUAAUGAAUACCAGACUAUAAUACUUAAUUCGUAAUAUCAUAACUAUACUAGCGUCCUUAAAUAACCCCGUAGGAAAUUGAAAACAUUUCAUAUAAAUUUCCCACUUAUGUUGUAGAUCCAUAAUAUGGAGUCCAUGAAAUAAAUAAAAUUCUGUUCGAAUUGGAUACCGGUAUCCAUAAAUCAAA